CGUCAACGCCUGCGUAGACGUGGUUCUGUCCGGUGUGAAGUUGUUAGAGGCACUCGGUCUUGAACCUGGGGAUGGAAAAAAUCAUGCGGUCUUGAACUCCAGACAGGACCUAAAAGAAGCAUUUGCUCACUUCAUGGAAAAAGGGGCAGCUGCCGAGCGCUUCUUCAGCGAUGCCGAGUCUUUCCAUCACAUUGCACAGACAGCCUCCGAGUACCCUGGUGCACAGCUUUACGUAGGAGGAAAUGCUGCUCUCAUUGGUCAGAAGCUUGCAACAAAUCCAGACCUGAAGAUCCUCCUUUGUGGCCCAGUUGGUCCUAAACUCCAUGAACUACUUGAUGACAAUGUGGUUGUGCCACCUGAAUCCAUGCAGGAAAGAGACGAAUUCCAUCUUAUCUUGGAGUAUCAAGCAGGCGAGGAGUGGGGACAAGUGAGAGCACCCAACGCCAACCGCUUUAUCUUCUCCCAUGACCUAUCAAAUGGCGCCUUAAAUAUGCUGGAAGUGUUUGUGUCCAGCUUGGAUGAAUUUCAGCCGGAUCUUGUGGUACUUUCAGGACUUCACAUGAUGGAAGGCCAGAGCAAGGAGAUGCGACAGAGACGACUUAUGGAGGCUGUGGCCUCCAUCUCGGAUAUCCCUACUGACAUUCCCAUACACCUGGAGCUGGCCAGUAUGACUGAUCAAGAUUUUAUGAGCAACAUCGUGCAUCAGCAGGUCUUUCCCCUGGUGAACUCCAUUGGGCUGAACGAACAGGAGCUGCUGUUCCUCACGCAAUCCGCUUCUGGUCCCCACGCCUCCCUUGCUUCCUGGACCGGAGUUCCCGACGUGGGUGUAGUCAGCGACAUCCUCUUCUGGAUCCUGAAGGAGCACGGGAAGACCGCAGAGCGGGCUUCUGACCUCACGCGGAUCCACUUUCACACCCUGGCCUACCAUAUCCUCGUCACGGUGGAUGGGUACUGGGGCAACCAGGUUGCCGCCGUGGCUGCCGGAGCUCGAGCAGCGGGGACUCAAGCCUGCGCGACCGAAACCAUCGAUACCAGCAAAGUCUUUCUUAAAGCUCCUUUGGAGUUCGUGACCUCCCAGAUAGAGGCACCUUCCAAAAUCUCUUUAAAUCCGGAUGAGCCAGUGGUGCAUUGGCACAGAGAAGGCAUCUCGUUCCAUUUCACUCCUGUUUUGGUGUGUAAAGAUCCCGUCCGGACCGUGGGACUUGGGGAUGCUAUUUCAGCUGAAGGACUCCUAUACUCAGAAGUAUAUCCACAAUAG